UCACGACGCACGCACUCCCUCCUUCCCUCCCUCCUAUUUCUACCGCCGACGCGGCCGCGAGCCACGGCGAGCAGCGGCGGAGCAGCGACGCGGCGGCCAUGGAGAGGACCGCGGCGGAGGCAGCGGCUGGGGGGAAGGGGGCGUGGAGGGACGGCGCCGUGACGUACCUCCACCUCCUCUUCUACAUCGCCAUCUCCGGCGGCCAGAUCUUCUUCAACAAGUGGGUUUUAUCCUCAAAAGAGAUCAACUUCCCCUAUCCUGUGGCAUUAACUCUGCUGCACAUGGUUUUCUCAUCUGUAGUGUGCUUCGCAAUUACAAAGAUCUUCAAGAUUGUAAAGAUUGAGGAGGGAAUGACUACCGAUAUAUAUAUUAGUUCAGUCAUUCCAAUCGGAGCAAUGUUUGCAAUGACACUCUGGCUAGGGAACAGUGCUUACCUCUAUAUAUCUGUUGCAUUUGCACAGAUGCUGAAGGCGAUAAUGCCAGUAGCUGUGUUUCUCCUUGGAGCUGCCUUUGGCCUUGAAGAAAUGAGUUGUAAAAUGCUUGCUAUCAUGUCUGUCAUCAGUGUUGGGGUUAUUGUGGCCUCUGUUGGUGAAAUUACAAUCAGCUGGGUUGGUGUGGUUUACCAGAUGGGUGGAGUUGUCGCAGAAGCCCUUAGACUGAUCUUCAUUGAGAUUUUUCUGAAGAAAAAAGGUGUUAGGCUUAAUUUGAUUUCCAUGAUGUACUAUGUUAGCCCUUGCAGUGCUUUGUGUCUCUUUAUUCCCUGGUUGUUCUUAGAGAAGCCCAAGAUGGAUGAAAGUGCCUCAUGGAACUUCCCACCAUUCACAUUGUUCUUAAACUGCCUGUGCACUUUCAUCCUCAAUAUGUCAGUUUUCCUUGUCAUUUCCAGAACUAGUGCACUGACAGCUCGUGUUACGGGAGUUGUGAGGGAUUGGUCCGUGGUGUUGCUGUCAGCUGCUAUCUUUGCUGAUACACAGCUUACCUUUAUAAAUAUAAUUGGCUAUGCCAUAGCAAUAGCAGGUGUGGUUGCAUAUAACAAUCGUAAGCUCAAACCGAAACCCCAAGGGAAUGAGCAGCAGAGUGCUGACAGCAAAGCCAACCCAGGAAGCCCGCAAGAUGUUGAGACAUCGAUCUCGACUAAAGAAGCUUCAUAGCACUGAAAGCUGUGAGGUUUUGAACAGAUUUUUGAAGAAGGAGAAAUGAGCUCUCGCUUUUCCUUUGAGUUGGUCAGCUCUCCUUGGAUACAUUUUUUGUUCUCUUCCUACUUAUCAGCAGGGAAGACAUUUUGUACAACAAUGCUUAAAGAAGCGAAGUGUAUACGUUAGCGUACCGUUUUGUUCGCUCGAAAAAGUCAGAGCACGCCAUACAUAUCAACUAGGUUCUGUAGAUGUAUUUUGUUGUCAUUUGAACUUGCUGUAGCAAUUUAUCAGGUUCUUCACAAAUAUGCAACCUGAUUCUUAUACAAUGUUUUCCUUACCUAGGAGGUCCUGCCAAUGGAGGACUGCCUGUGUCAAGUAUGUGCAAAAUUUUCAAAGAUCAAUAGUUUGAUAUGUAACCUCCAAAAACUACUUAAAUUCAAUGUCAAUCCAUUCUAUACA